AAUAUCACACCACAGAGCAGCACCAGUCCUAUUCCCUUGAAUCUGCAAACUUUGAAAUACACGUAAAUAUGUCAUAGUCUUUGGCUGUUUUACCAAAUACAUUUGCAUACAGUAUCCUUAAAUGGUUUUGUAAAACACAAAUGCAGUGGGAAACAUUCAGUACGUGACGAAUAAAAGAGAACAGUGAAUCCUGGUUUGUUUGUAAUUUUUUGAGAUGAUCCACCAUUUCUAUUCAAGAUUCAAAAAACUUUAUUGUCAUUCUAACCAUACAUCAGCUCUGCAGGGCAGAAUGAGACAGUGUUUCUCAGGAGCAGUGUAAUCAGAACAUAACAAACACAACACUAAAUAAUAAACAUAACAAUAAAUGGUAAAACACAACAGCCACAUGUCAGUUAAAAUCAAGUUAUAAGUGUCCAGUGCAAGUUAAAAGUAUCCAAGCAGAGUCAGGUGGAGCAGCUAUUUAGCAGUCUGACUGCUUGUGGGAGGAAGCUGUUUAGUAGCCUUGUGGUUUUAGUUUUGAUGCUCCUGUAACAUUUGCCUGAUGGCAGAAGAACAAACAGUUCAUGGAGAGGGUGUGAGGGGUCUUUAAUGACGUACCGUGUCUUCUGGAGGCAUCGACUCUGAAAGAGGUCUUGGACAGAAGGUGCUGUAAAAUUGUAGGAAUAAUGUGAAGAUGAGUUUUCUGGGAUCUUUUCGCAAUUUGUUGCUGGCUGUUUGUCUGAUGUUGGUGCUCGGAUUUCUCUAUUAUUCUGCUGGGAAGUUACACAUGCAUGGAUGGGGCCAGGAACUACAAUAUGAUCGACUGGGAUUUCUGAAGCUUGAUUCCAGAACGGAACUGGAGAAAUCAGUAGUGGACAACAGAGGAGAUGGCUGUACCUUUGCUGAUACCCAGAAAGACAGACAUUAUUCUCCCUGCCUCCCCACAUUGAACUACACACGCUCAGCAGAAUUGAGCUAUAAAAAUGGAAAUAUCACAGAAGGUGGCUGCAGAAAAGGAUUUGCCUCUGCACAGAUGACAGCAAUCUUUCCAAAAUUCUCAAAACCAGCACUAAUGUUUCUUGAUAACACCUUUAAGCAAUGGUCAAAACUGAAAGAUUUUGUUCCACCGUUUGGAAUCAAAGGGCAAGAAGCAGUUAUACAGAAAAUACUGGGGGUUACAAAACAGUACACUUUGACUUCAUAUCUGGAUAGUUUAAGCUGCAAGCGCUGCAUCAUCAUGGGCAAUGGAGGAAUAGUAGCCAACAAAUCUCUUGGGUCAAGAAUUGAUGACUAUGAUGUUGUCAUAAGACUUAAUGAAGCUCCAGUAAAAGGAUUUGAAAAAGACGUUGGCUCAAAGACAACGCUGCGAAUAACAUAUCCGGAAGGUGCUAUUCAGAAACCAGCACGGUACGAGAAAGACUCAUUAUUCGUCUUUGCUGGAUUCAAACCUCAAGAUUUUAAAUGGUUGAAAUACAUUGUUUAUAAAGAAAAAGUGAGUCCUUCAGAUGGUUUCUGGAAGUCUGUUGCCACAGUCGUCCCAAAGGAGCCCAAAGAGAUACGAAUUCUGAAUCCUUAUUUCAUCCGUGAAGCGGCUUUCACAUUUAUCGGCCUUCCAGUCAACAAUGGAAUGAUGGGUCGUGGGAAUAUACCAACACUAGGCACAGUCGCAAUAACAAUGGCUUUACACAACUGUGAUGAAGUGGCUGUUGCGGGGUUUGGCUAUGAUAUGAAUGCUCCAAAUGCACCUCUACAUUACUAUGAGAAUGUUAAGAUGUCAGCCAUUAAAGAGUCUUGGACUCAUAAUAUUGGAAAGGAGAAAGAAUUCCUUAGGAAAUUGGUGAAAGGACAAGUGAUUACAGAUUUGACAGCUGGGAUUUGAGGCAACGUUGUUUCCAUCCCAAAAUAAAUUUGGGGAAGAAAAAGCAAGCAUGAAGAAGAACAUCCUGUGGACUUCAGAAAAACUCAGCUGAAUAUGAGGAUAAAGCUUUACCAAACUACAGGGGAGACUACACAUCUCUAUAUAAAACCUGUCAUCUUGCAUCAACACUAUAUUGAGGGGGCGGGGAGAGGGGGUUGGUGGGACGUGCUGAAAUUUUGUGCAGAAACAAUUCAAUGCUCCACCUAAGUGUGCAAUUAGAAAAGAAAGAUACUGAUCAAUGUGCCAUAAUUACCUCUGGAGAAAAAAAAGCAACAGGAUUGUUGAGGUAUUUCUCUUUUUAUAGCUUGAAUGUAAAGAUUUUCAGAAGUUGUAUGGACAAACACUUUUACAUUGUGUUAACAUUUUAAUUUAAUAUUUCCUCUCCCUGCCCCAAAAUCCAUGAGACUAGUGGUUCCGUCCCAGACUGUUGAUUAUUUGCUGCUAUUCCUUUUGGGGGUAGAGGAUAUUUUAAAAAUGUUUUUUUUUUGUGUGUCAGUAGAGAAAAGAUGCUGUGAAAGCACUUAAGUAUGAUCAACUUAUUGAUUUCAAGAGCAGAAGAUUGUGUAUUACUGGUAAAAUUUUGCUGUGUCAGUGCUUUUGAGAGCUGCUAUCACUAGUGUGUGCAAUGAUCAGAGUGGAGGGCUCAAGGCAAAUGCUGAACAGAAAUCUUUGUUUGUUCAAGUACUAAUGUGACAAAUGUUUUAGCAAUACAUUUAGAGGUUCAUGUUUCCAGCUUGUUGAUUUGCUUUGCCAGUUUUGACAUGUAAUUGAUACUCUUUUAGAAGGGUUUAGAACAGAAACUAAUUUGGAUACCCAGUUUACAAUAGCUAGUUGGAAAAAAAAACACUUGCUCUCUAGCUGUUCAUAAGGCACACCUAUUGCUUAAAUCUACAUUCAACUGUCCAAAAUUAAUUUUGUUUUUUUUUGCACACAGAUGCACCACCUAGGUAAUUUUCAGCCUUGCAUCUUCCUCCCACCUUUCUAUGUAUUGUGCAAAAAACACGGUACGGUGAUUGUAGGUCAGAACACACUGACGGAUGAUACUGUUGUCAAAUCAUCAAAUCUUCUGUGUUAGACUUGAGGGUUGUCAGCCAUGUGAUUGAAACAUUAGAUAAAUUAUUGUUAGGUUAUCACUCUAUCAGAAACUAUUCUUAAAUAUUUAGUAGUUAACCUGCACCCUAUUUCACUCCUGUCAACUAUAUUUUUCCUUAAUUUUUCCCCCUUAUUUGUUCAAAUUGAAAAUAAGAUAACUAUUUGAAAUGAAGACUAAAUCCACUUGUAUAAACCUGUCCUUGGCAUACCUUUCUUACCUUUCAUCCUCCUACUACCAGGAUCUUUCAAAGGAGGCUAUUUGGUAAAUCUUGUGUUAAGUGUUCUCAACACCCACUCUUCUAUCAGUGUAGACAUACAUGCCUAUCUGAUGCAAUCCAUUAUGACUUCAUUAAAGAAUUGUCAUUUGAUUCAUAUGAAGCACUAAGAAUGGCUACAUUUAUUGUAUCCAUUAAAAGUAAGUAAGCUGUUGUGUCACAACUAUGACAAAAUUAACCUACUUUAGGUAACUAUGAUUCAUUUUAGGAAAGGAGUCACACAAAGCCAGAAUUGGGAGCAAAUUCUUUGAUAAAAAAACUUCCAAUUUCAAACAAAACUAGCAGAGUAGUGCAGCUCCCAGUUUGUGGACUAUGUAUAAUCUAAAUAAUAUUGUUAUCAUUUUCUCCAUUUUAUUUGUUACACUGAUAUCGAUCAUAUUUCCAGGUCAUUAUUCUCUAUAUUGUUUACUGCGAUUAAAUUCUUUAAUGUGUGAACUGACCUUUCUCAUUGGUUCAUGCCAUCCAGAUAUCCGGUUAGCAUGUUUCACGUUAAUUUGAAGAGGCCGUGAAAUCUGAAAGUGUAUAAAAAUAGAAUUGGAGCUUUCCGUUUAUGUAAUCAGUUUGCUCCUCAGACUGAUAAUAUAAACUGUAAACAGACCAAACAUAGAGGAAGAAUGUGGGAAUGUGCUGUUGAUCAUUUGGACGAAAUAUAAACCAAACAGAACAUAUACAGCUGAAAAUGAAGCUCAAAAGUACCUGAUUUUAUUAUUUCAUAACUGCUGUACCUUUUUUUUCUGUAUUUUGAAACUUGUAUAGCAUCAAUUUUUUAAAAAAAUAUUUAUUUCUAGCUUUUAUUUCCCGAACACUUCCUUGCAUUCAAAACUUCUGUUGGUCUGGGCUUGAAGCUGCUACGAAAUCAUCCAGCUACAAGGAUUCAAACUGUCGAGUAUCAUGGCCUUAAUGUGGAUAUCAUUCUUACUGCUGUCCUGUGAAUACCUGUGCAUGCUCACAUAAUUUAAGUAUUUUAAAGUUAUCACUAAAAUCAUUUUCAGAGUAAGAAAUCACUGCUUCAGGAGGAAAGCAAUGCAUCUGUCUAUCAUUGCUCCCAUGGCACCAACUUUUUCACCAGUGACUGGUUGCAAGCAUAUCUUCAGAGAAAAAGCACAGUUAGCAUAUCUUUUCCAGUGCUGACAAACCCUAGGUGCCUGGUUACACAGUGUCUUAACAGUUCUUCUGUCAUUCACUCUCGAGUACUCAUUAUGUUAAUUCUUCGCAGAGGGAAUUGUCAUCAUAAAUGACUUUAUUUAACAACUGGUAUUGGGACCAGCAUACUGUACCUUGACCUAUUGUUCCACUCCCUUGCCGCUGAAUGGUCUUACUGAUCAGCCAUCCAUUGUAGUUCUACAACAAAAUGGCAGAAAAUAAAAAUAAACUUUAAUGAAUAAAAAUUUAUAACAGGAUAACAUCUGGUGAGGGGUUCCCAAGCUGCCUUACCAAUAUGAAGAAUGGUUAAAAUUACAAAAUGACCUUUUUUAGACAAGGCAAGAAAACUCUAUCUAUGACAACAACCAUGCUGUUAUUGUGGUAGUGAUAAUUCAAACUGUUUCAAUCUAAGCAUCUCUGAAUGAGUAGGAAUUAAUUUUGUUUUCUUGGUAAAGAAAGAGUUAGAUAGAGCUCUUGAAGAUAGCGGAGUCAAAGGUUAUGGGGAUAAGGCAGGAACUGGAUACUGAUUGUGGAUGAUCAGCCAUGAUCACAGUGCUGGCUCAAAGGGCCGAAUGGCCUACUCCUGCACCUAUUGUCUAUUGUCUAUUGUCUAUUGUAAAGGUAAUUGAAAGAUGGGUUCCUGACUUGCAUACUAAAUGGUAUUCAACCAGUGUACCAGUUUUGUUUAAAUGUUAAAAGUAGUCUACCAAAACCUCAUGCAAUUUUUUUCCCUAUGUAAAUAGGCUUCAUUUUAUUUCCAGGUUUAAAAUGGCAGUCCUUGCUAAGUUCUAAUCAAAUUUCUUUCAGCUCUCAGCCAAGUUACUUUGAUUCACAUAUCAGGAGAUGUGUCCAUUGGAAAGUACCUGACCUAUUCAGCAGGAUUAAAACAGCAAAUGCUGGAAAUAUUCAACAGGUCAGACCACCUCCAUGGGAAGAGACAAAAAGGUAAUGUUUCAGGCCAAGGGACCAUUAUCAGAAUUGUGAAGUAGAUACCUUAAUCUUAUUAUAUUCUAGGGAGUCUAGGGGAGGGGAGUGUCUCUGAUAGAGUAAAACUGGAGUGAUCAUGGGGAUAGGUGAUAUGCAAGUAAAUGUUUGUCAAUGAAUGAAAUGGAGAAUCAGAUCAGAUUUAUUUUCACCGAUAGAUGUUGUGAAAUUUGUUGUUUUGUGACAGAAAUACAAUGCAGUGCUAUAAGUAAUAAGCUUAAUGGCCUCAUUCUGUUCCUAUAGCUUAUGGUCAUAAUUAGAAUAAGAAAUAUAUCUAAAUAAGUCAUGCAAAAAAAAGGAGCAAAUAUAGUGCGAUAGUAUUCAUGGGCCGUUAAAUCUAAUGGAGCAGGGGAAGAAGCUGUUCUUAAAACAUUGAGUGUGUGUCUUCAGGCUCCUGUACUUCCUCCCUGAUGAGAAGAGACUUAUCCUGGCUGUCCUUAAGAUGGAAGCCACCUUUUUGCGGCAUCGCCUUUUGAAGAUGUUUUCAAAUGCUGGGGAGGACCAUGCUGGAACUGGCUGAGUUUACAACCUUCUGCCUUUUCCAAUCCUGUGCAUUGGCUCUUCCAUGCCAGAUGGUGAUGCAAGCAGUGAGAAUGUUCUGCACAGUACAUUUGUAGAAAUUUGAUAGAGUUGUUGGAGAUAUACCAAGUCAACUAAAACUCCUUGUGAAAUAUAGCUGCUGCCAUGCCUUCUUCGUAAUUGCAUCAAAGUGUUGAGCCCAGGAUAGAUCUUCAGAGGUGUUGACACUUGGGAACUUGAAGCUGUUCAGCUUUUCAACUGCUGACCUCUUGAUGAGAACUGAUGUAUAUUCCCUUGACUUCCCCUUCCUGAAGCCCACAAUCAAUUCUUUGGUUUGACAUUGAGUGCAAGAUUGUUGCAGCACCACUCAACCAGCCAACGUAUCGCACUCCUGUACACCACUUCAUCCUUGAGAGUGAGAAUAUAGACCGGUAUGUAGACAAAAGAAUGUACAAGUUGCAAAAUUCAGAACAGGACAACAUGCCCGGCAGGUCAGGAUGGGUAUGUACUCUACUAUCUGAGAGGGAAGGAGGGAUACAACAAACAAUAAGAGCCAGUGUCAUAGAUGAAUGACUCAUAUGUCUAUAUGAGUCAUUCACCUAAAGUUGUCUGAAGUCAUUCAUCUAAAGUCAAGUCAUCUAAAGUGGGAGGUUUCAAAAUUAAGUGUAUAAGGCUGCAAUGUGCCUAUGUGAAAGAUGAGGAGCUGUUUCUCAAGCUUACAUUCAGUCAUUGACUAGAUAACCUUGUUUACAGCUUAUUCCCAUGGUCACCCUAGCUUCACCCUAUCAGGGACAUUCCCUCCCCAGCCUUCUUGCAGCUUUACAAGCACUUUUUGUCUCCUUUGCAGUUCUAAUGAAUGGUCUUUGAGCCAAAAUACUAACUGUUUCUCUUCCCACAGAUAUGGUCUGACCUGCCAGGUACUUGCAGUAUUUUUUAUUUUCAUUUCACCUUUGCAGAAUCUGCAUUUUUUUAAAUUUUCACUAUUCGGACGAUAACUGGCAUCAGAACCUUUUGGAAUGGGAAGUUGAGCUAAACUCAAUUUCUCAUGCCUACAUAAAUGUUACUAUGCACAAGUAAGCCUAGCUUUUCUUCCAGUUUGCCUUUUUUUGCUCUCCAGUUACAGGGCUUCACAUCAGAUGAUAUAGAAUUAUUGAUUCUGGUCUUCUUGCUCAUUGUAUUUACCAAGAAUAAAACUACUUUGAUCAAUAUUGCUAAUCAUUCUUCAUUUUCUGCUCCCGCCUAUUUGCAUAUCAUAUUGAUGACCAGUGGCUUUGAACUGAUAAAGUUUGCUAUGUGAAAGUUUGGUAAGUAAAAGUGAUUCCAUGUAACUGAUUUGUGUUUAUUGGGUGUAUACUGGAAUAUAUUCUAACCUAUUUUACAAAUCGUAAUUGUUGUGCCUUUUUAAACAUAAUUGAAUAACAUAAAAAAUCAGACUUGAGCAAUUUUGUAAAUUGCAAAUAUGUCAGUUAAGCUAUUUAAUGAAUUUAAACUUGUUAACUCAACAGCCAUGUCAGUUUUGUCCAGUUUACCUUUAGCUGUAUGAGUCUACCGUAAGCUAGGGAAUGGUUUAGAAAAUGUUCUUGUUGCUUGGAAUUAUUCUCGAGGAUUGAAGAGAUAAGAGACAUCUAAUUCCAAUGUUUUGAAUUUCAUCUAAAUGUAAUAUUUAUAUCAUUCAGAAUCUAGUUUGGAAUGGGAUAUUUCUGUUACCGAAGAAACAAAGUGAAAAAGAAAGCUUACCUUGACUGGACAUUUUAUCUGCUGGUGAAUGACCUAAAUUAUUGCAGUAGUAACACCUGACAAUAUCAUUGUUUUUACUUGGUGAUCAGACAGCCUGCUGAUUCCACAGUUUGAACCUUUUCCAAUGUACUUUGCAAAGGUUUUAAAACUUUAUAAAUCAUUGUUUUCUCUCCGGAUUUGGACUUGGAAAGAUCUCACUACUCAAACAUCUAUAUUGUCAGAAUUAUUUACUUCACGUAAUGUUGUUGAUUACAUUAGUGACAAAUUCCUCAUGGUUGGGAGAAUAGAAGGGUAUAUUUAGUGCUUCAUCAAUAAGUGGGUCAGUUUUCACUAAAGGAUGCAGUUCAACUGAAGUCAUUCAUUUACAAGGAAUGUUAUCACUGCACUAAUCGAUUACCAGUCUCCACAUCUUUAAGGAAUUUUGAUUUAUUAGGGAUAAGACUUUCCCUUAGAACAAACAGUACAAGGUUUCGACCAUACCCGCUUAUGUCAGUGCCACAAACAGAUAUGUUUUUUUACAUUUAUAUUGAAAAAUAGCAGUUCUUUAAAGAUCCUUUCAGAUCUGUAACUGGCAUACUAUCUGUUCUGAAUACUAAAAACUUCGUCCAGCUUUUAUGACUAGCAGUAGGUCACAAGUUCAAAUCCCAGCCAUCAGCAAUACUCAAACUAGUUCUGCAAGAUCGCAAUGCAGUAGAGAGAAGUAAAGCUGUGAUUGACUUUGAAGUAAUUCUGCCAGCCCUUCAGGGUUAUUCUAGACUCUUCAGGAAUUCAUCUUCUGGACUCUGAGGAGUCAAAAAGGGACAUGUAAAAACAUUAUAGAUAUUUCCUCUGAACACAUGACUGGUUAUUAAAAAAGAUUCACACACAAUAAAAGUUGUGAGAGUGAGUUAAGGGUGGAAGAAGCAGAGCAAGGCUGCAGGUGACAAAUAUUCUGGUGAAAUCUUAAAGAAUCAUCUCUAACCAGAGAUGACAUUCCUCUAAAGUGCCAUUUGAAGUAUUGUAUAUGCUCAAGGCUUAUUAGUAUCAUGAAACAAGAGGCUUCCCUCUGCAGAUCUCACACUAUCUAGUUAGCAUCAUGUUCUCACAUCAGCAAAGUUAAAUUUACUUUGAAUCUGAGUGGUAGGUUUUUAUCAUUUCUUAUCCUCCUACCUUUUAGCAGUGUAACAUUACCAUGUUUCUAGCUUGAAUAUUUCCAAGCUGACACCAUACAAUUUGAUGCUUGAUUUAUAUGAAGCUCUAACUCUCCAGGCUGCAGUUCAGAAUAAGGUAAACAUGCAAUUCCAUAAUAAGGACACAUAAGAGACUGCAGAUGCUGGAAUGUGGAACAAAACAAAAACUGCUGGAGCAACUCAGGCAUAAUCAAUGGAGGCAAAGAAUGGUAACAUUUCAAGUUGAGACCCUACAUCAGGACUGAAGGCAGAGGGAAGAUGUGAGAGGAUGGGGUCAGGUAGAUUAUAGGUGGAACCAGCUAAGGUGAUUGAUAAAUGGAGCCCACCAGACUCUGUCUCUAAACUCAGCCAGCUGGCUCCAUCUGCCCAUCAACUGUCCCUCAUCUGGUUCCAUUUAUCACCCCAACCCACCUCUAUCUCUCCCCACUCGGCUCAAUCUGAGGCAAAGUUUUGACUAAACCAUCGACCAUCCUUUCGUUUCCACAGACCCACUGAGUUUCUCCAGCAGUUUGUACUUUUGCUCCAGUUUCAUCGUGGUCCUUGGAAAGAUUAGUAAGUAAAUCUCUUCACAUUCAUCCUUUUUUUUAAAUUCUGGAUUAAAUGUAAUUCUGGUUUCUACUGCUAGGAGAGAGUCCAGUGGUCCCUGGUAAAGGAAGAGAAGCAUAAUAAGCUGCAAUAAUAACAUUGUAAAAUGGGCAGCAUAAGAGUUGCCUGCUCACUAGGCUGAGGACUAUCAUGGUUUUCAGGUGUUUAAUUGAUGUAGAUUUGACCAUAUUUAAAACCUGGAAAGCUGUGAAUUAGUGUCUGGUGUAAUAUGACAAAACCAACAAUAUUUUUGAUUUUGAAUCAUGUUUUUAUUGACUUCCUUUGAGCUGAUGAGAACUGGAACAAUUUGUUGUUUUUAUAUAGCAAUAGCCAAAUUGUAUUUGCUUUUGUACAUUUUGUUUUGGCAGUCAUUAUCUGAAAUAAGUAAUGUUUUAACACUAUUUAAAUGUCUUCAACCAGCUUGGAGUUCUGUGAAACUAAUUGAAACAGCAUUAAGAACUAGCCUUUGUUGUACUUUGUAGUGCCAAUCCUAAACUGCUGCUCAGUAAAGUUAUUGAAAGAACAAAGGAACAAUUAAGCUUAUGGAUAAUUAAAGUGGUUAGAACUGGAAGAGAUUGGAACUCCCAACAGAUGGAAGGAGGUUAGAGACUUAAGGAUGAUGAUUGCUGUGCAAGGGUUUGAACAAGAAUGAGAACUUUGAAAUCAAGAUUCUACCUGUGCAUUCCCCAUUGAAGGUCACUAAGUAGUGUGUUAAGUGAGUGUGGAUAAACAUGACAAAGGUUUGGAUGAAAGUUUUGACAGGUAGAAGAUGUGAUCACAACCAAAAGAUUAUAACUAUUAGGUAUAGAAAAAAACAAAGAGUGAAGCUUACUUUCAGUAGCUGAGCUACAGUAGGGCUUUGGGUCAGACUGGUGGAAGCAGCUGAAGUUGGUAAUAAUGUGAUCAUUAGCUUAUUUCAAGAUCAAACAAGACCAAUUCUCCCUCCAGUCUAGCUUAGCCUUGAGACAGUGGAGAUGGUAUUGGUGGAUAGGAUGUGGAGUUCAUUGUGGAAACCAUUAACUGUUUGACUCCCUUCUAUUACCCAGUGAAGGACUUCCUAGAUGAUUAGUGAUAAUUAUUUUUAAGUAACAAACAAUAUUCAGAGAAAGAUCUGAAAAUCUAGCUAGAUACUCCAAGUUAAACCUACAGCUCUUUAUGUGAAGGUUUGUGCACGUCUCUUUAUGCCAGUAAUACUCAAUUUAAAUUUCUAGUUUUGUUCUACCUCUUUACAGUCAAUGGAUUAUUGUGCGAGGGUAGCUUUCUGUGCUGUUUGGCAGUUUUUUUGAGGUAUUAUUUUGAAUAAUAAUGAAUGAUAAGCUACUAGUUAUUGCUUGUUGUCUCUUUCCUUCAUCCCUUCACCUUGCAGAGUUUACAAAAUAAGCUAUGAAUCUCAGCACACGUCCAUGUGAGGGAAAGGCUGGUAGGGAGAAUUUUUUUGAUAAUUUGUUGGUUAAUAUAUUGAACGGGUUGCAUUUUGACCGGAAACUACCAACCCAUUGUCUGUACUCUUCUUCGAAAAAUACUAUGUGGGCUUUUUAUUAGGUGGGAGCAGGAUGGGGAUUGUGGGUUGGGUUGGAAUAAAUAAACUGCAAAUAAGUGAUAGUAAUAAUUUAAAAAAAACAUUGUUCCAAAAUGGAUUUCAGAAUUAUUAGGUAGAACAAGUUUUAUUGUUGGAAAACAGCUUAACUUUGUAUAUUUUUUUGUAGGUAACUGAAUGGCAACCUUGCACUGCUUUACUAGAAAUAACUAGACCUUGUUUAAGACAUGCAUGUAUUAUAAAAAUAUUGCAUAAGGUAAUAGUGCAUAAGAUCAUAAUUUUCUCUUGAUGAAACAGCUUUUUAAAAAAAAAUCAGUGGCAUCUUCAAUGUUGAAUUAUGCAUUGCAGACUACUCGAAAUCAGUUUUUUUAAAAUGGUAACUACCAUAAAUAUAGUAGAAUUCUUCUUAUCAAAAACAAUUUAGAAAGUUACUCACCUGUUACUGCAUGGUGCGAAAGUGUACAACUCUUGAGUAGUGUAUGUUUCAAAGCUGACAUUUCUAGCACAUUCAACAUGAAACACAAAAUAAAUUAGAAACUUACAUGUUAGCAGAUCUCUUCCUUUUGAGUUACUCCAGGACAACAUUUUCAUAUGCUUAUCUCUAAAAGAAAGAUGUGGUCUUGAGUAACAAGUGGUCAGUGUAACCAGGAUUUCAGGUGGGAAAGAAAUGGCUUGAAGUGGAUACUGUUAUUGUGGAUCAAUGAAAACUACCCCUGGUACUUUAUGUCAGACAAUGAAGUUAUAACAAUUAAGUUGUCUCACUUACUAAUUUUGAAUAUAACCAUAAAUAAGUGAAAUUUUAAAUUUCAGAGAUAUAAAAUUUAAUGUUCAAUUGUCCUAUUUGAUGGAAACUUGUCUGUUUAUAUGCUCUGCUAUGUACACUUCCUUUAGAAACAACAAUGUUGUACUGGACUGACAGAUCAGAUUAAAUGUAACUGAUUAUGUAUGUCACUGAAGCAAUAAAAUUAUUCGGUCAUGGUUUAGACUGUUUUCUUUGUUAACUCUUCUUAAUUUUCUUACUGGUAGUGCUGUAAUUUCCUCUUAACCUCUACAAGUUUUAAGACUAUCUUGCAAGAAACACGAAAACAACUUUACCCUUCUUAUGAAAUACCUCUGGAAAAGUACCUUUAGCCAAAACUCUGCUUGAACUGGACGUUUUAAUGUUUAAGAUGAGAAGAGAACAAAAGGUGGCGGGCAGGAGGGAUUAGAAGAUGAAAAGAGAUGAUAAUACAACACAAAAAGAAAGUUAAUGGAAAAAAAGAAAUAAGAUAGUCUUGGAGGAGUGUAAAUGAAAGGAACUUAAUUACUAUCUAUUGUUACCAGAGAAAAUACCUUGAAUUCUGGAAAUACUUGUUUUCUGAAUUUGUUGAAAUCAAUGUUGAGUCCAGAGAAGCCAUUUGGAAGAUGAAAUGUUGUUUCUCAAGCUUACAUUUAAGAUUCAUUGCAAUAGUUUAGGAGGUUGAGGACUUAAAUGUGGAAGCAGGACAUAGACUUUGUGUAAGGUGGCCAGGAAGUAAGGAUCAUAUCUGCAGACUUAACAAAGCCAGUUUGGUCAUUUGCCAUGGUAAUUGUCUCACAAAUUGGAGGAAAUUGCAUCAUGACCAGUGAAUAAUUUGUACUGAAUUAACAGGGGGGAAAAUGAUGUCUUCACCUGGAAAGAACAUUUGAGGGUUUUGGUGAUAGAGGCAAAAAGUUAUAAGGAGUACAGAAUGGAAAUGGAGAGCUUAGUGACAUGGUGUCAUGACAUCAACCUUUCCCUCAAUGUCAACAAAGCAAAAUAGCUGCUCAUUGACUUCAGAAAGGAUGGUGGUGUACAUGCUCCUGUGGAUAUCAGUGGUGCUGUGGUUGAGAGCUUCGUGUUCCUAGGUUAUUGUUUUUCCUUAUUCUGGCUCAGUACACUGUGUAAUGAUCUGAUCUGUAUAAACAAUAUGCAAGACAAGCUUUUCACUGAAUCUUGAUACAUGUGGCAAUAAUAAAUCAAACCAAGGACAGCCACUGUACCUCCUGUACAGGAAAGUUCUGGAAGAAUUGGAACCAAUCAAGGAUAGAUUCCUAAAUAACUAUUUUAUGCAUUUCUGUUUUGAGAUAUCUCCAGUGCAAUUAGGACCUUCACCUUGAAUGUAAUAAACAUGAGCUCUGAUCAAACAUUGGCUACCAUGUUUAUGAAACCAACCAAGAGAUUGUGAUGGUGUUCAAUCCUGUGUGACAAAUAUUAAGUUUAAUUAUUUUAACAUUUUGAGGAGAAUGACGUACUAUCCCUGUGCAUACUGUUCAGAGCAGGUUGGUACAGUUAUUUACCUGCUUAGUUUUUUCAAAUUUGUUUGAUAGUUUGUAACUUAAGCCUGAUCCUCAUCCAUCUGCAAUAAGGAGGUCAAACAGUGAUAGGUGAUAUCUUUCUAAGCCAGGCUGCAAUUGCGAGUAUAACCUACUUCCAUCAGAAAUAGCUAUGACUUCCAGUAGUCUUCCUCCUUCAGCCCGUAGAAUGAUUGCA